AACAGCAUCGGGUGCUCACGCGCGUACGGACCAACGCUAACGCUGGCAUCAGCUCCUGCCCAGAGAUUUGAAAGGACGCGAACUGCAUGCCAUGUCUGGUUCGGAGAAUGGGCGGGCACAGAUGGCUCGGAUGCACCGGCGCAGGUCGAGCAAGGAGGACGCGGAGGUGGACCCAGACAACUUCAAGUUCCCCAGACCGCAAACACCGCCCGUGGUGUCCGCGAACGGCGCGAACGGCUUGAACGGACAUGCUCAUCUCGAACUUCCACCAUCGCCCCCUCGCACGCGCGUCGUCUCCACUCCGUCGACGAACGGGAUGCCGUCCUAUCUCGACCCACCGCCGUCCGCUGGCCACCAGCGCACGACCUUCGGCGCACCUCGUCCGCUGAGCAUGAUCAAUGGGUCUUCUCUGCCUCCUCGUAGACAUCAGUCGCCCGCUAUGCGCCAGUCCUUAUCCUUGCCCGGCAACUCUCAUUCUCGCGCUCGUUCGAUCUCCGGCCCAUUCUCCCCCGCCAGCCCGUCCCCCCUCUCAUUCUCAUUUCCGGCAGAUGGAACCCCCUCAGGUAAGCUGCCUGCGUCUGCGACAGCACCGGAGAUGCGCACGAAGGAGAACGGCAUCAGCCCGUCCCCGUCCCUAUCCUCGCAAGCGCACACUCGGCGGCAUUCGCGCAUCCACUCGCGCAACCUCUCAGUCUUCUUCCCGCGUCCCGGUACGCUGCCCUCAACAGCCAUCGCCGAGGACGGCGCGCAGGAGAUCACGUAUGGGGGUUCUCCAGAAGGUGUACCCAUGCCUUCAGCGUCGCCUGGCCCAGGGAACCGCGAGUUCCGACAAGGGUUCUCAUUCGGUGGUCAAGCCCCGACGUCUGCUCCUUCGCACCCAAUGCGUCCAAUGGGGCACUCAUCCUCAUCGUCGAACGGGAAUUCGCGUCGAGGCCAUCACCACAAGCACUCGCUCUCGCACAGCUUCUUCUCGUUCCUGGAACCUGGUGCCAACCAUGACGAGCUCCACACCACACCUGCACCGGUGCCUGUAAGCCCGUGGAUGCCAAUCUCGCCGUUCCUCGAGACGCCUGUCGACGAGAAGCAGACGCCUCUGCUCAACGGGCACGCGACCCGGGAUCAGAGUCCCCCAGGGAAGAUACGAGCUCCACCAAGGAUCGCGCCGGAAGCCGUGGGUGCAGCUGUGACAGAAUUCCUGCUCGGUGUUUGGCUGUGGAUUACAGCACAGCAAGUGGGCUCACUCGCGUGUACGGGGCUGGGAUACUGGGUCGUCUUUGACGCGUUAGGCGUUGCUCUGGCACAUAUUGUUCCAGGAUACCUAGCAUCGCCAUCUACGCAGGCUCAGUACCGGAGACCGUUCGGUAAUGCACGCGUGGAGACGGUGGUCGCCUUCGCUCAAUCUGUCUACCUAAUCUUCGCGUCCGUGUAUGUCUGCAAAGAAACCGUAGAGCAUCUCCUGCUCUCAUCCGGAGAGGGCCACCAUCACCACAACGGAGACGAAGUCCAAGAGUUCUUCGGAGUGGACUUCCCGUUCUGGCUCCUGCUGAUCACCCUCACCUCGCUUUUGACGACCACAUUUGGCUUCAAUAAUCAUUCGAAGCUUGUCAGCACUGCGGGGAAUCACAUCCCUCCUUUGACUACAUACAUCCCAUCUCGCUAUCGUUACUUCGCAUCGUCACUAACAUACCCUCCUCGACUAAUGAAUCUCCUAACCAAUCCCUACACACUUGCACCCAUCGCAUUCUGUAUUGUCUUGAUUGUGGGCCCGAGCUUCAUCCCUCCAUGGCAACAUCGAUACUUCGAUCUCGUUCUUGCAGGGUUCGAAACGGUCGUCACGUUCAGCAUCGCAUACUCAGCCGCAGUAGCUCUCGGCACCGUCCUCCUUCAGACGUCCCCAGCACGAGGACUCGUCGGUGGACGCAUGGAAGCGUUCCUCCGAGCCAUGCGAGAGAUCGAACGGCACCCUCAAGUCGUCCACCUUCCCGCACCUCACAUCUGGCAGCUCACGCCGAACCUCUCGCUCCCUCAAGAGCACUGGAUGUAUGCGCACCAUCCCAUAUCCGCUAUCGACACGAAGGCACAAGGCCCAGCGCAGUCGCUCAUCGUCACGCUCGAGCUGCACGUCCGGCGCGACCUGGACGAUGACCAGGUGCUCGGCCUGACGAAAUGGGCCUGGGAGCGCUGCUCGCACGCGCUGCACUUCGGGUCGAGGGGCGGCGAGGGCGGCGAGGCGGAGGCGGAGGUCACCGUCGGCAUCGUCAGGGAGUGAGAGCCUGUGGUCCUCGAACUGAGUGUGCGUAGUGAGUACUGAUAGUCAGU